AUAAUGGGCGGCGCGCAUGCACAGCAGAGGUCGGAGGGUAUUUUCCAGCUUUAAAAGCCCCGGAGCCGGCCCCUCUGACAAACCGUGUGGCGUCAUCGACCUGCCGAGACUUCCCCGCAGCUCCAGCACCGAGCCCCAGCCAGCCUCAGCCAGCCCAGCAAUCCCUCCGUCUCCGUCCGCCCCUGCUCCGCUCUCUCCCGGCUUCACAGCUCCGGAGCAGCCGGUCAGGAGCGGGGACUCCACUGUAACUCACCGACAUGAAGUCUGCAGAAGAAGAUGCAUACAACUACACACCAAACGUCAGUUUGGGCCUUCCCAUGGGUGUGGGGAACACCUGUCUGGCCACGCAGUACCAUACCUUGCAGUCCAGCCCCAUCAUCUCCGUUACUUCCUGCCACCAGACAGGCUACGGCCUGCAAAAUGACAACCAUGCGGCGCCGGGCUAUUACCUGCCUCACGGCCUGAGACCCAACGGGGCUCCGGCCCUGGAGAGCCCUCGUAUCGAGAUCACUGCCUACAGCCAGUACCCAGAGGACGAGGUAGAAGAGAGCAGCGGCGAGGAGCACAUCAUCAAACGAGGCGUCAACUCCAUCGUCACGCUGACGCUGCCCAAUGCUGACGGCUACCGUGACCCCACGUGCCUCAGCCCCGCGAGCAGCAUUUCCUCGCGCAGCUGUAACUCUGAGGCCUCGUCGUACGAGUCCGGCUUCUACAACUAUGACAACUCUCUACAGAACUCCCCCUGGCAGUCUCCCUGCGUCUCUCCAAGAGGAUCGUCCUCGCUUCUGUCGUGUCCACAUGCCCUCGGCCCCACGGGCUCCCCUCACCAUUCUCCAUCGACCUCUCCUCAGAUUGCAGCCGUGGCGGAGGAAGGCUGGCCAGCACAGCUUCACGGCUCCAGACCUAACUCCCCCUCCUGCAGUGGGGUCGGUGGAGGCAACAGCGUCGGCAUGGGGAAGAGAAAGUACAGCUUCAGCGGCUCGGGCUACCGUCAGACGUCCUCUUCCCCCAACCAGUCCCCCACCGCCUCCUCACACGGUUCCCCUCGUGUCAGCGUCACAGAUGACAGCUGGCUCGCCAACACCAACCAGUACACCAACAACGCCAUCGUGGCCGCCAUAAAUGCCCUCACCACGGAUGGAGUGGUGGACAUGGGCGAGGGAAUCCCAAUCAAGACGCGGAAGACCAUGAUGGACAUCUCGCCCUCCAUGAGCCUGAAGGUGGAACCCGGCGGUGAGGAUUUGGGACCUGAUGGCGAGCUCUGCCACGAGGACUACCCGUCUCGCCUGGCCCUCAAGAAGGAGAACUAUUGUGGAGGGUUCCUGGAUGUGCCCCAGCAUCCGUACUCCUGGCCCAAACCCAAGCCUUACCUCAGCCCGUCUCUGCCAGCGCUUGACUGGCAGCUGCCGUCCUGCUCCGGCCCGUACAACCUCCAGAUCGAGGUGCAGCCCAAGUCCCACCACAGGGCCCACUACGAGACGGAGGGCAGCCGCGGGGCCGUGAAGGCGCUGUCCGGAGGACACCCCGUGGUACAGCUUUAUGGCUACAUGGAGAGCGAGCCGCUCACCCUGCAGCUGUUCAUCGGGACCGCAGACGACCGCCUCCUGCGACCACAUGCCUUCUACCAGGUCCACCGCAUCACCGGCAAAACCGUCUCCACCGCCAGCCAUGAAGUUAUGCAAUCCAACACCAAAAUCCUGGAGAUUCCUCUGCUGCCUGAGAACAACAUGAGAGCUAUAAUCGACUGCGCAGGAAUCCUGAAGCUGCGCAAUUCCGACAUCGAGCUGCGCAAAGGGGAGACGGACAUCGGUCGUAAGAACACGCGCGUGAGGCUGGUGUUUCGCGUGCACAUCAACCAGCCCAACGGCAGGACGGUGUCCCUGCAGGCCUCCUCCAACCCCAUCGAAUGCUCCCAGCGCUCGGCUCAAGAGCUGCCGUUGGUGGAGAAGCAGGGUUUGGAUAGUUAUCCCGCCACCGGAGGCAAAAUGAUGCUCCUCAGCGGCCUCAACUUCCUCCCCGAGUCCAAGGUGGUGUUCGUGGAGAAGGCACAGGAUGGGCAUCACCUGUGGGAGACGGAAGCCAAAGUCGACAAGGACUCCAUCAAAUCUAGUACCAUCGUUGUGGAGAUCCCGCCAUACAGGAACCAGAGAAUAUCCAACCCGGUGCAGGUGAACUUCUACGUCUGCAAUGGCAAAAGGAAGAGGAGCCAGUACCAGCGCUUCACCUACCUGCCUCCCAACGCGCCGAUAAUAAAGACAGAACCCAAUGAUGAGUAUGAUUCUCUGGGGAGCGUUGGGCUGUCAAUGCACUCAAAGCCCUACUACGGCCAGCCCCGGCUCACUUCCAUCAUGCCUGUGGCCGACCCCGACGCCUGCCUGGUGGGUGGCUACCCGCCCUGCCCGCCUCACCACGCCGUCACCGUGCCGCCGUCACCCCCCAGCUCCAGCCCCACCCUGCAUGACCUGUCUCCCGUGGCGUACGGCAAAUGCCUCCCCAGUAGCCCCACCCACGCGGCGCCCCCCAUCCCGGAGACGCUGUCCGGCUGUCCCAACCUCGCCCACCCGACCUCCCCGGACCACGGCUCUCCCCUCGGGAUGCUGCACUCCCAGGGAAGCCCCAACCACCUCAACAGCCCCGGGCCCCACGGCUACCAUCCCGUGUACCCGAACAGCAGCCCCUCGUCCUCCCCCGUGUCCCACCCUUCCACCCCCGGCGGGCCGGCAGACGCCCCGUUUGGUCAGGCCUUCAGCCCCGCUCAGGCACAAGCAGCAGGAGGGGGGAGCCCACCCAGCCUGCUCCCCGAGGACGACAGUCCCCCGUCAGGGGCCAUCACUGUCAAGCAGGAGCCCCAGGAGCUGGACCAGGUGUACCUAGAUGAUGUGAACGAGAUCAUCAGGAACGACCUCUCCAGCAUUUCCGUGCACAGCCACGCGUAGAAUCUCCGGACGUCUCCCGCUGCAGCGCUCAUCUCUCCAAACCGCAGCAUCCACCGACGGCGGUCACGAAGACGCUAGAGAUCCAGUUUAUGAAGAAAAACCACGCUUUGACCAGGAUCUCCCCCACCUGACCCGCCGCUGCCAUCCGCUCCUCUUCGUUCAAAGACUUGCUCCGGACUCUCACUGACAAUAACUGGCAAGCUCCGUUUGAAUAAACAGAUGAAUGUUUUAAGAAGUUUGAGAAAAACAUAAAAACAACAAAAAAAAAAAAAAAAAGGAAAAGGGGGAAGUGAUAUCAGGGGCAAAGUAUGUGACAACACUUGCCUUAAUUCACAGCAGAUGUUCUCUCGUGGACCAAGCAGCUCAAAAAAGACUGAUUUACUCUUCUAGUCUUCUACAAAUGACAAUCUUCGCUUCCAGCGCCAUCCUUAUAUCCAUGCAUGGACGAGCUAACGGGACAGUAAGUGUCGAGCUUCAUCGCUUUGCUUCAUUUUUUUGCAGCAGUUGGUCGGCGACAGCGAAAAACCGGUGCCUUACAGCCACGACAGCAAAACAAACGUCACACGUGCAAAACGGUCCCUCGAGACCCUGAAAGCAAGACGUUUUUAUAAGACAUUUUUCUAUCAUUUCAAUGCUUUGUUUACAGGGAAACAGGAUAAAAGGCUGGAAAAUAUAUAGGGAAUGUGUGAAUACAUGAUAAUUGUAUUUUUACUUGCUUCCUUUUUAUUGUUAUUAUCUCGGUUCAUUUAUGCUGAAGUUAUGCUAUGUAUGAUAUUCUUUUGUAUAAACAUGUCUCUGAAACUGUGUAUGCCUUAUGCUUAUAUCGUGACGCUUUUUCCACCUUAUUUUGCCGAUUCUGCCUUUUGUUUUUUUCCUCGAUAUGAUUUCAAGCCUGCAUAUUUCUUUUCACCUUGGUGCCUAUUUUUUUUAAUCACCUCUUCACAGUCUUCCAGUCCUCCACCCAGACCAGACCACCAUAAAGCAGAGACAAUCAGAGAAAGAGAAGCACAUAUCAACACGACAAUAGUUCCUAGCUUUCAGGGACUAAUAAAGACAGGUGUCCGGAGUCUUUCUUUCACCCCAGCAAUGACAUAGAUGGACAACGGCAUGCUUACCUGCUUCCUGUAAAUGACCAAUACUCCUGGAUAAUGUACAUCUGUUACUUCUUGCACUGCAGGGUUGCAUGUAAAUAGGCACGGGCUCCGUUUUUCUCGUUAUCUGGGCGACUACAGCGAGGAACUGGACUGUUACCUACGGCUGGCAAUAAUUGAUCAGCGCUAAACCAAAGGAUUUUAUCUUUGGUGAAAUUAUUGUCCAAGUUUCCUUUUUCUGCUGGAGACGUUAGCAUUGAGCAGUUUUCCCCCGGGGCGUAAAACAUGAGGCACUUUACAGCAGAAACAGAGCAGACUCUCUCGCCUUCAGACCAAAUAUCGCAAAGGGAUUUCCACGUGUCACAAGCGUACAUCCACUCGUCCUUGACAAAAGCUGCCAAAUUUUUAUUUUUUUUUUCAUGUUAGCUGUCUUUUGGAGCAUGCAUAUCAUACUGUACUAACGUUGGUGAGCAUUUAGCUGAUAGUCGCUUCCAGAGUAUCUUCCUAAUGCAUUUUUGAGAAUAUUCUAUAAUCGCAUGACUGAAUGGUAUAAAUAAAGUUUCUUGUGCCUUAUUCUCCUUUUUGGCUUCACAAUCGUUGCAACUGCGUAAUGCUUUUGUGUGUAGGCACAAGGUGAAUCAUAUUUCUCUUUAAUAUGAAAUAUUUAUGAAAAAUGAAAUAUGUUUUAAGUGCAUUUAAUUAUUGUGUUCUCAAAAAUGAAAUAAUAAAUGGCAUAAUGG